UGGUACUCGCUCGCUAAGCGGCAGCCAUUUUAACUUUUGGCGUCGAAAAUACGGCGAGGAAAUCUGAGGAAGCCGGAGAUCCUGUUCGUCUGUGUGGUUUUUUCGCAUCCAGCGCAAGCAGUGUGUAGUGCUCGAGGUCGUGGUUACCAGUGAGUGUGCGAGGAAGUUGAGAAGCGUUGAUCAAGAAGGAAUCGGAGUUGAAUUUCGGAAUCGUAAUCUAACCAAAAGACCGAAGCAAAGAUGUCGAUGUCUGCCACGUGCUACAAGUGCAACCGGCCGGGUCACUUUGCCCGGGACUGCAGUCUCGGUGGCGGCGGUGGACCGGGUGGAGUUGGUGGUGGCGGCGGUGGUGGUGGCGGCGGCGGUAUGCGCGGCAGCGAUGGCGGCGGUAUGCGUCGCAACCGCGAGAAGUGCUACAAAUGCAACCAGUUCGGGCACUUUGCACGUGCCUGCCCCGAGGAGGCUGAGCGCUGCUACCGCUGCAACGGCAUCGGGCACAUCUCGAAGGACUGCACUCAGGCGGAUAACCCGACCUGCUACCGGUGCAACAAGACCGGACACUGGGUUCGUAACUGCCCUGAAACCGUCAACGAGCGUGGCCCGGCUAAUGUGUCAUGCUACAAGUGCAACCGCACCGGACACAUCUCCAAGAACUGCCCGGAGACUUCGAAAACUUGCUACGGAUGCGGCAAGAGCGGACAUCUGAGGCGCGAGUGCGACGAGAAGGGCGGACGAAACUAGGCACCACUCGCCGUCCGUAGCACCUCAAAAAAGUAAUCAUCGAAGGAGGAAUAUGAGUAAUAAUUCAACACACGAAGAACAACCAGAAGAAGAUGAGAAAAAAAAAUAUGAAAAACGAAAAAUCAAUUUGCUACAACAUUCACAAAGCCAGCCUACAGCAAGAACACCAACAACAAGCGAUAACUAAAGCAGCACCCAAGUCGAGAUAAACCCCUCAAAAAAAAAAUGCCGAAAAAACAUAAAACCCCACAACCCACAUUCACCCAUUAACGCAGACUAUAUAUCUAUAAUCCAGAAAAAUCAUCCAGUAAACCAUCUCUGAUUCCAUAAGCCGAGCCUGCAGCGCGGUGCCAACGUCCCGAGAACUGAGAGAAGAAACGAAGAGGAAUUAGCUUUCCGAGGGAAAGCCACCAGAAGAAUCAGUGGCCAAGGAGGUAGUAAGGCUCUACGACGAGCAGGGGUACGGAGAAGAACAAGAAGACGAUAGCCAACGGCAGCUGUGCAGCCGAGAGAGCAGAUGACGCCGACGUAGAGGAAGAGGACGAGGUAGAAGAUGAGGAAGACACGACGACCCAAUUUGUAAGAUGAGACUAAACCGCAACAGCAACAACAAGAGAAAUCACCAAGCAAACCACUUUACUAUAAUUAUACCUAUAUGAUUAUGCUGCAAAAAGUGUUUGAAUUUACUAAUUACAUUAUAACGAAUGGAAUGAAACUAUAUAAGAUUAUAUAAAGAAAAGAAAAAAACUUACCUUAAAAAAUACUAUAUAAAGAUAAUGAUCCUAUUAGGAGUUCCACAGCCAGAAACAACCGAAAGAAAAAGCGUAAAUAAAAAUGAUUAAAAACCAAUGAAAAAGCUAAGAAUCAGGCGGCGAGACGAGAAGAUAAGACCAUAAGUUACCACUCCACUCCAUCCAGCUGCUGCCGGCGAGCCUUGGGGAAUUCUACAGGAUGUACGACUGCCUAUCCAGUAACCAGUAUCCCACCACCACCCACCCCUAAGACAUCCAUACCAUACCAUACACUCAUCAUCCAAGACGCCCGGCAAGAUCUCUCGAGCGGGGUAGCAUGCUAUAUUGCGCAUAGCUGUGGAGCCAAAGGGGGCAGCAAACAAGAACAGAGAAGCAGACAAAGAACAAGAAGAGAACAUCAACAAUGGUAGACAUAUACGACGACUAUGAAAACGGAACGCAACGCUGGAGAGGAUGAGCUAAGCGGUUAAAUAAGAAGAAGACAAGCAAGCAGCACUCAGAACACUCAGUGGGAAGAUGAAGAAGACAACAGCACACACACCUUCAGUUCAGUUGGACGGACGGGACACAAAAGAUGCGAAACCUACGUACGAUGAAGAAAAUGAAAAUUCAAAUAUCACUGUGAUUGUUUUUUAAUUGUAAAUUAAAAUGCUGGAGCUGCUGAUUUGAGACAAAAAAAAUAAUCGUUGAACAUGUGUUAUUAUUUUAAAGGGAUGGGUGGUUAUAUAUGCUAUAUUUGCUGCAUUUCCCUUCUAAUUUUAUUUUGUGUAUUGGCAAUAUCUAUAUCAACACCAUCAAAUUAGUUGCAAAAAUUAACCCCCUGCUAAUUUUCACAGCAUGCGCCUCUGUAUGGAAGAGAGCGAUCAUUUGCUUUCGCACUCUCCAUCUUACUCCCUCUCUCCCAACCAGUUUACCGGCAAUUGCAGCUGCGAACACAUGGCGCGGGCAGCUGAUGGGGGCUCUCUCUUUCGCUCGUCAUUGUGUGUAUGCCGCUUUCUUUGCGCUCCUGCCCUGUGUGCAGUUCACUUACCACCAUAUAUACACACACACAUGCAUACUUAUAUACAUACUCACGCGCUAAGUGAAUAUAUCGUGCUGCGAAGUACAGUCGCCGCUAAUGGUGAAAACUGGCUGUGCGAAAAUGGCAAAGAGAAAGAGCGACAGAGUGAACAGGGUUGGGGUGGCAACUCCAACUUCGCCGGCUGCACUUGGCAACAAGUCUGCAGUCGGCAACCGAUUGAGGGUCAAGGUCAGCCUUCGCGCAUCAGCUGCUGCGCAUGUGUGACCACGAACAAGACGGCGGUUUCGCGAAAGCUGCGCUCCAAGUUUCUGCUUGCUGCAUGUGGCAGAUGUGGUAAGAGGAAGAGCGGCUUAGGAUGGCAAAGCUGUUUCGGUGGUUCGUAAGCCGGUUUGGCAUCUUUUUCGCGGUUCACCAUAUUUUACGUCGAUGCGAUGGCGGGGCGUAUAAAAUAAUUGCUGCAUUUACUUAGACCUGCGAGGGGCGUUCCAGAUGUUCGACAGGCAUUUAUCACAUGUUUUUGUUCAUCUUUCGAAAGGAAAGGCUUAGGCUUAGUCACAAGUUUUUUUUUUAGUAACUGCUUGAACUUAUGUAAUGGGUAACAGUAAAUUAAAAAUAAACUAAACAUAUAUUUCGCUUAACUUAA